AUUUGAAAUAGGACAUAAAUCAGCUGUUUGUGGACGUCCACACGGCUUACGCACUCACUGCCGUGCCUGCGCUCCACACGCACGUCUCUGCGCAAACACUUCUGUUAACGCACGAGCUGUAAUCUAUUCCACUGAGCUCCUUAAAAAAAAAACACUUCUGCCUGUUUUAUUUUUGUCUAAAGUCGUGUGCGCAGGCCGUUGUAUUGAACACCGAUUCGCGACACUGAACUUUUCCGAGACUCAAAGUUGUCAGGCAGCGCAUCUCGCACGCAUGCGCGUCCACCUAUAUCCAGCUCUAAAUAAGAGUUAAAAGAGAAACGAGGUGGUCAGAAUAUCAGAGACGUGGAAAUGACUGACACACCACCAUGUGAUGUUCCCCCCCAGGGGGCAGAGUUUGACAUGAUCGGUGCUUUGGACUGGAAAGAUGGCAUUGCCACGCUGCCAGGGAGUGACAUCAGGUUUCGUAUGACAGAGUUUGGGACUUUGGAAAUUGUCACAGACCUAGAGGUCAAAGGGCGGGAGGCAGAACCUACCUCUGCGAGUGUACCUACAGCACCUUCUCACAGUCCUACCCCUCCACCAGAGGGACCAUCAGUGGCUGGCACAACCAGAGCUCCAGUCAAUCCAGGUCAACCUGGGUCGUCUCAGGCUCCUGGUCCGGUGCUUCUGUCUUUAGAGGAGGGCCCCAGUAUGGAGGGACCAAGUGUGGAAGUUGGACCCAGUGUUGAGGUUGGCUCAAGUGUAGAAAUGAGCUCAAAUGGGGAGCUGGAAGUGUGUCGGGCCUGUGGUAUCCGUGUUCCUCGUGACACCCUGCUUCAUGGUAAAUUCUGUAGCUCCAUUUGUGCUCAGCCUUCUAGUGGCAGAUCAUCUCCAGGCGACAUGAGGGAAAGUCAGGUGGUUGAUGGUGAGAGGCUCGGUAAACGUGUGCGCAAAAAGAGGAAGAUCUAUUUGGAUUCUGGUGAUGAAGAAGAUGACAACCAGGAAGAACUAGAGGAAAAGGCCAAGGCUUCAAAAGGCAGGAGAGGUGCCAAAAUUGCCAAAUUAGUGACUGCUCCAGCGAGUAAGAAACAAACAUGGAGCUGGUCUGCUUAUCUAGAAGAGGAGAAAGCCAUUGCUGCCCCUGUUAAACUAUUUAAAGAGCACCAGUCUUUUCCUCAAAGCAGGAACGGGUUUAAGGUGGGAAUGAAGCUGGAGGGGUUGGACCCGUGUCACCCGUCUUUGUUUUGUGUACUCAGUGUUGCAGAGAUUCAGGGUUACAGGGUGAGGCUCCACUUUGAUGGCUACCCAGAGUGCUACGACUUCUGGGCCAAUGCUGACUCAUGGGAUUUAAAGCCAUCUGGCUGGUGUGAAAAGAACGGACACAAGUUGUUGUUGCCUAAAGGCUGUAAGGAAGGGGAGUUUAAUUGGAGCAUGUAUGUAAAGAAUUGCAGAGGUCAGCUGGCCCCCAAACACCUUUUUAAGAGCCUAAACACAUCUGUAACUCCAUCUGGAUUUCGAGCGGGUAUGAAGCUGGAGGCAGUUGACAGGAAGAACCCGUCCCUGAUCUGUGUAGCAACCAUUGCUGCUGUUGUUGACAACCGACUGCUCAUUCAUUUUGACAACUGGGAUGACACGUACGAUUACUGGUGUGACACUAGCUCUCCUUACAUCCAUCCCGUGGGUUACUGUGAAGAGACUAAGCUAACACUGACCACUCCAGCUGGUAAGACACAGACCAAGACACACGUGGAGUACAAGCAACCAAAGACUUUCUCAUGGGAGAAAUAUCUGGAAGAGACAGGGUCACAGUCCGCCCCUGCUCGGGCUUUCAAACCGCGACCUCCACAUGGCUUCCAUUUUGGAAUGAAAGUGGAAGCUGUUGAUAAAAGGAACCCGAUGCUCAUCAGGGUUGCAACUAUAGUGAACACAGAGGAUCACCGACUACAGAUUCAUUUUGAUGGCUGGAGUUCAGAGUACGACUACUGGGUGGAGACUGACUGCCCCGACCUCCACCCUGUUGGGUGGUGUCAGAAAACUGGACACGUACUACAACGACCUAACAGCUCUACUGAGUCACCAACUGCCCCAGGACAAGGAUGUCCAACCCCAGGAUGCAACGGGAUUGGUCACAUCAAAGGUCCUCGCUACGGGACACACUACACUCAGGUGAGCUGUCCUUACUCAGAGAUGAAUCUGAACAAGGAGGGCUUACCGGACCGUCUCAGUGGAGAACGACCUCUCACCCUCAGUGGACCUCAUCCUCGUGGGGGGCGACGCCCUGACUGCCAGACAAAUGCCACAACACAGAGUUCUUCUACACCAGAACAGCCAGAAGGAUCCAGUGAGACCCAGAACAGGAAACCUGUGCCAGUUGAAGCUGAGCGUAUGGGGCGCAACAGCCAGCUCGAGCCACCAAGUGGCGCCAAUGAGCAAAGCCAUAAUGGAAGCAGGCCUAAACGGACCGCUCCAGUUCCCAAGUACCUGAAAAUACACUAUGUGAAAGAAGAGAUCGGUGAAAGUAAAGCCUCUCCAGACAACAUCUCUCUGCAGCAGGCUCUGCACGAGUCUGUGUUCUCCCCAGGCGUCUCCGCCUCUCCCCCCAACAGGGUGGCUCUCUGCUGGGACAAACAUUGCCAGCUGCUGCCUGAGGUCUUGGGCCUGACUGCCAAGAGAGUGGCCACAUGGAGUGCUGAGGAGGUGGCCACUUUUGUUAAAGGACUCCCAGGAUGUAAAGAACAUGCUGCUACUUUUAAAACAGAGCAAAUAGAUGGCGAGGCCUUCCUGCUGCUCACUCAGACGGACAUAGUUAAAAUCCUGUCAAUCAAAUUAGGCCCGGCCCUGAAGAUCUACAACUCCAUUCUCAUGCUGAAGAACACAGACGAGGAAUAAGUCAUGACUUCUCGCCGCUUGCUGGACUCAGCUGAAACACUUCUUACAAUCAUACAGGACACGUUUCAUCUGCGCAAUGAGCAGACGAGGCCAGAAAAAACCGAAGUGAUAAAGCCAUCAUCUCCAAAACGUCCGUAUGUCCUCUCUGUAACGGACAGACCUGAGGAUGAGUUUUACCUGAUACCGCGAGGACUCCUUAACCUAUUUCAUGUUUGUUUCUUGAAUCAUAAUUAACUGCAAGCACCUUCAUGGCUUCUUGACUUUGUACAGUUUAUUAUUUGGAUUUAGUGUUACUAUUCUGUUGUGUUUCUCUUAUUUAAGUUGUAAAUGUUUUGGUGCUUCAGCUCAGAGAGCGUGACAAAUAGUCCUUUGUUGAUUUUACUUGAAGACAGUGUUUGUUUUUUGUUUUUUAUUUUUUUAAAGAAAAGCUGCAAAAUACAAUCCUGAGUCAGGUUCAUGAAAAUAUGAAACCCAGCGAGCUUAAGCUCUGUGUAGUCCUGCCCUCGCCAUCUAGAUGGCACUAAUGGGACAUUGUUCAUUUGGGAUUGAAGCUGAGGUUGAUCAGGAUGCAAGACUGUGUGUGUGAGUGAGAUCUCUUCCCCUCCAGCCUGUGGCACUUCCUGUCCACAGGGUGGUUUUGUGGCAAAGGGCUUCAUGUUUCAGUCCAACAACUUUUACGCUUCUCUGUAUAUUUGCUUUUGUUCCAAACGGCACAUGAAUGUUAACAACAGCGUUUACUUGUUUUGAUUGAAAGCCUGUCACUGAUUGGCUGUUCUAAUCUCUGGCAUUUUACAGUGUAACUAGUACACAGCUAGCCCCGCCCCCUUGUACUCCUUCCUGCUUUAUGCAAAUGUGUCUCCAGCGAAGGACAAUGAACUUUAAGCCUCACAGCAUUUAGAAAAUAACAAAUAAAAGCAAUGUUGGUGUCCCUGUAAAUCAAAGUGGAAUGUGUUUAUAUGCAAACAGCUUUUAUUUAUGUACUGUGAGGCGGUUGAUGAAUGUGUGAAAUAAAUGACAAGUGCACAG